CAGCCGGGGCGCCUCCGACGCCAGCAUGCCGCGCCCGGGCCCCCGCUUGUGGCUGCUCCUGCAGGUGAUGGGGUCGUGUGCCGCUAUCAGCUCCAUGGACAUGGAGCGCCCGGGUGACGGCAAGUGCCAGCCCAUCGAGAUCCCGAUGUGCAAGGACAUUGGCUACAACAGGACCCGCAUGCCCAACCUGAUGGGCCACGAGAACCAACGCGAGGCCGCCAUCCAGUUGCACGAGUUCGCGCCGCUGGUGGAGUACGGCUGCCACAGCCACCUCCGCUUCUUCCUGUGCUCGCUGUACGCACCCAUGUGCACCGAGCAGGUCUCCACCCCCAUCCCCGCCUGCCGGGUCAUGUGCGAGCAGGCCCGGCUCAAGUGCUCGCCCAUCAUGGAGCAGUUCAAUUUCAAGUGGCCGGACUCGCUGGACUGCAGCAAGCUCCCCAACAAGAACGACCCCAACUACCUGUGCAUGGAGGCGCCCAACAAUGGCACGGACGAGCCCUCCCGGGGCUCGGGCCUGUUCCCGCCGCUCUUCAGGCCCCAGCGGCCGCACGGGGCGCAGGAGCACCCGCUGAGGGACGGUGCCCCCGGGCGCACUGGCUGCGACAACCCUGGCAAGUUUCACCGCGUGGAGAAGAGCGCGUCAUGCGCGCCGCUCUGCACGCGCGGUGUGGACGUGUAUUGGAGCCGCGACGACAAGCGCUUCGCCGUGGUCUGGCUGGCGGUGUGGGCCGUGCUGUGCUUUUUCUCCAGCGCCUUCACCGUGCUCACCUUCCUCAUCGACCCUGCGCGCUUCAGGUACCCCGAGCGCCCCAUCAUCUUCCUCUCCAUGUGCUACUGCGUCUAUUCAGUGGGCUACAUCAUCCGCCUCUUCGCGGGCGCCGAGAGCAUUGCCUGUGACCGGGACAGUGGGCAGCUCUAUGUCAUCCAGGAGGGCCUGGAGAGCACGGGCUGCACACUGGUCUUCCUGGUGCUCUACUACUUUGGCAUGGCCAGCUCACUCUGGUGGGUCAUCCUCACACUCACCUGGUUCCUAGCUGCGGGCAAGAAGUGGGGCCACGAGGCCAUCGAGGCCAACAGCAGCUACUUCCACCUGGCGGCCUGGGCCAUCCCAGCCGUAAAGACCAUCCUGAUCUUGGUGAUGCGCAGGGUGGCGGGAGAUGAGCUCACCGGCAUCUGCUACGUGGGCAGCAUGGAUGUCAACGCCCUCACUGGCUUUGUGCUCAUCCCGCUGGCCUGCUACCUCGUCCUGGGCACUUCCUUCAUCCUUUCGGGCUUCGUGGCCCUUUUCCACAUCCGGAGGGUGAUGAAAACUGGUGGGGAGAACACGGACAAGCUGGAGAAGCUCAUGGUGAGGAUUGGGGUCUUCUCCGUGCUCCACACCGUGCCAGCCACCUGUGUGAUCGCCUGCUACUUCUACGAGCGCCUCAAUGUGGACUACUGGAAACUCCUGGCCAUGCAGCAUAAGUGCAGCGUGAACAACCAGACCAAAAACUUGGACUGUCUGAUGGCCACCUCCAUCCCCGCGGUAGAGAUCUUCAUGGUGAAGAUUUUCAUGCUGCUGGUGGUGGGCAUCACCAGUGGUAUGUGGGUCUGGACGUCCAAAACUCUGCAGUCCUGGCAGGAUGUGUGCAGCCGCAGGUUCAAAAGGAGGAGCCGGAGGAAACCGGCCAGCGUGAUCACCAACAGUGGGAUUUACAAAAAAGCCCAACACCACCCAAAAACCCAUCUUGGGAAAUACGAUAUCCCUGCCCCACCUCCCACCUGUGUGUGAAUCAGCUUGGAGAGACAACUUUCCCAGAGAGAACACAGUGGUUACCAGAGCCAGACCAUGGCUUAUUGGUAUUUUUUAAAUAAAAGUAAAAGAAAAAAA